GCCUCAGUGCAGUCCGCCAUGUUUGUGUAGGACUUCAGCGCCGUUUUCACUUCAAUAAAUGCCCUCACUCUUACUCCGAGUCCCAAAAACACACCGAUAGCGGCCGGCUCAAUGCAUUUAUUCACGUUUUAAAGGAAAUAAACACUUGGAAGACAUCCGCCGUCCUCUGUGAUGGCGGCCAGUGCUCGAGAUGAGGAGUUUGAUGAGUACGAUAAACCAGGAGCUGAGAGAUCGAGGAGGCGAAGAGGAGGAGAUGACGACGACGACGAUCUGGACAGCGAUUUCGAAGGCGACCUGCUCGAGGAGGACUGGCUUUCAUCCAAGAAGAAUCCGUCGGAGCUAUCGGACGAAGAGCUGAACGAUGACCUGCUGCGAAGUGACGAAGAAGACCAGGACACGAGUGCGCAGGGUUGCGUGGUGAGCUUGAACGCAACGGCAAGUCUCGGCGAAUCCUACGAGCUCCAGGAAGGAGAUGAAUACGCAGCGGAGGAGUACGGAGCGACGGCGGGAGACGAGGAGGAGGAGUACGGAGACUUGGAGGGCAUGGAUUACAACACUGGAGGAAACGAAGACGAAGUGCUCGACCUACAGAUCAACGAGCCGCUGGACGACGAGUUUCAAGUCGAGGACUUCAGCGCUGAGCCGCAGGAAGUAGAGCCUGACCAACAGGAAAUGACGGAGGCGGAGCCAGACAGGGCGGAGCCUGAGGAGGAAGUCGAAGAUUUCUCACAGGUUACAGAGGCGGAGGAGAUGGAGGCCGAGGCCGUACCCGAGACCGUCACGAAGGAAGAAUCCGAUGAGGAUGAAGAAGAGGAUGAAGAAUCUGGGCGGCUGCGUUUCAAAACCGAGCGCAAAGACAGCACCGUGGUCCGUAUCUCGGACGCCACCAGCAAGCGGCGGAACAUUCCAGAAACGCUAGAACUGACCGAAGAGGCCAAAGCAGACCUGCUGCAGUUCGAGGAGAAGGAGCGGCUGAGGAAACAAGGUCGCUUCGGUGGACGAGGGCGAGGAGGAGCAAGAGGCGGAGGAUCUCCGGCGUUCGCGAUGGGAGGCUUCCGUCGAGACGGAGGCGCAGGGCGAGGGAGGAUGAACGAACCCAGACCCCCGCUGAUGCCAAUGAACUUGCAGCCCAGAAUAAUUCCUCCUCAGUCCCAUCGUCCUCAGCCCCGCCCUUCCGUCCCACGCGGAGGUCCUGGUCUUUUCCCAACACCGCUCAUCCCGAUCCCGCAGCAGCCUCUGCAGCCCCUGAUGCCUCUGCGCUCGCCGGUGCCACACCAGAGGCCACAGCAGGAACUGCACCCGCCACGCCAUCACGGACACGCGCACGCACUUCCACACGCGCACUCCAACCAGCAGCAGCAGCAGCCCAAGAACAUUCACAUCAACCCGCAUUUCAGAGGGCCGGCACCUUCUUCACCUGUACAGGGUACGGGACCUCACCGUUGUAACCAAAUUCCGCUGAUCUCGUCCGCUCCGAAUCAGCCCAGACCCAACCUCGGCCCUCAGAGAUUCCCGGGCCCUGUUGAUUUCCAGCAGCACCUCCAGGGUAAUUUCCUCCAGCCUCAGAGACCCCUCCCUCAGGAGCAGUGGAGAGGACCUCCGCCACCACCUCCUCCUCCUCCUCUUCCUCCUCACCAGGAGAGGGAGCCGUUCUACAACAGCGAGCCACGUUUUCCAGCCCAGCCCCUGUUCGAUCUACCAGGCCCCGCCCCUCUGUUGAACAACAGCAUCCUCCCGCUGUCCUUCCCUCAGCCGGGGCCGGGGUUCUGCCCCCCAGGCGGUGGUGGAAUGUUCCAGAGAGACCUUCCUCCUCCUCCUCCUCCUCGGCCCAAUAUGCCCCCUCCUCAACCGUCUCCUGCCCCGCCCGCGCCCCGCGGCUUCAUGGGACACAGACAGCCAUUUCCUCCACAGCAGCACAAUGCCCCCUUCAGUCCUCAACAUGCACCAUUCGGCUUGCAGGGCCUAAUGCAGCCUCAGCACCACGACCCUCCCCCACCUCCGCAUCAUCACCCGAUGCACCCACACCACCACCAGCAGCAGCACAGACAGGAAGUUCCUCCUCUGCCUCAUCACCAGCAUCAACACCAGGGCCAGCCUGGGGAGCAGCAUCCCAUCAUGCACCUCUCUCACUCGCCCUUCCGUCAGCCCAUUCUGGGUGGACCUAGACAGAUGAAGCCACGCCCACAAAACAACAUGGGUCGUGUGAGAAUGGGGUCUCCUUCUCUGCAGCAGCUUCAGAGCCUCCCUCAGCGCAACAGCAACCUGCGUGAGCUCCCCAUCGCCCCUGGCAACAGCGACCCCAUCCGUCCCCCUCAGCCAAGGCCCAUGGUCAAGGCCACUCCGAAUGCCAGGCCUGGGCAGGGGGUUGGAGGAGGAGCCCUUGGACGAGGGCGGGGUUUUGCCAAAGCCGUCCCGCGUCCAGGCGUUCCAGAGACUAAGAACGAAACCCCGACUGCGCAGACGAGCACACCUGUCCAAAAAGCAGCGGCAAGCGCACCUGCACAGGACGAGGACGAGGAGACGCGUCAGUACCGGCUGAAGAUCGAGGAGCAGAAGCGACUGCGUGAAGAAAUCCUGAAACGUAAAGAAAUGCGUCGGCAAAUGCAGGCAGGCGCGCGCAAAAAGGAGCUGCUGGAGCGCCUCGGCGGCCAAGCGGUACCCCAGAUUACCCCCGUGCAGACUCUAACCACCCCGACUCAACCCCAGACCACCUCGACGCCCCCGUCAGUCGCUCCCAACGGUGUGAAAUCCCGCCUACAGAACCCCAUCGUGGAGCAAAAACAGCGCCUGCAGAACCCUCAGAGACUCGUCCCGCAGCUCCAAAGUCCCAGCAUCGCAGCGCCCCCAGAGGACGUCACGCCCAUCCAGACGCAAACCAACGCCGUGAGGAAGAGGACCGUCAUGCAGCGCAUUAACACCGGCAGCCUGGCCUCGCCUCAGAUCCCGCAAAAAGUGCGAGUCGUUAAACGACUAACGGGCGGAGAGGAAGCUCCGCCCGUCCAGAAUCAGCCGCAGCAGACGAUUGGUCGAGCCGCUCCUCAGCAGAGACUGGGUGCCACCAGGAAGGUCACAGUGGCAGCAGCUGGACCACAACAACCCCCGCAGCAGCAGCAGCAGCUUGACGUGAACCAGAGUAACCGGGUGGUGGUCUCGGGUCGAGGGCGUGGUCGUGGCGCUCGUGGGGGUCGAGUGGCGCCGCAGAGCAGGCAGAGUAUCCGGGUCGCGGAGCCUCAGCCCAGCACGGUGUCCAUAGACGGCCUGUCGUCCUCCACCACCGAGAAACAGAUCAAAAACCUGCUCAACUCCAUCGGCCCCAUCCAGAUGUUUAAGAUGAUGCCGCAGCAGAGGAAAGCCGUCGCCACGUUUGUGAAUCCUCAGCACGCUCAGAGUUUCCAGCACAGUUUCCACAGGCACAUGAUCGAUCUUUCCCACAUCGACGUGACCAUUAUUGACGGCUGAGCGAGAGAUGGGAGCGAGCUCCUGGAAUCGAGGCCGCAUUUUACUCUAAAGAUCUCAGAACACCUAAAGCAUGUCUCGGAGGAACUAAGACCGGCGAACGACUCUGAGAUAAACAGCCGUGAUUUCACCGAGAGCAGCUGUUCCUGCUUUGUGUUAUGUACUCCAGUGAUAUUUCCCAAAACUGAGUCAAAGGUGGGGACGUCGCUCAGAUUGCAGAGACGCUGUUUAUUAUUAUUAUUAUUAUUACAAUUAUUAUAAUUGUUGUUGUGAAUAUUAUUCUUGUCUGUUAUUUUUCUUUUGACUGAAUGACAAGUAAGUGAAGCAAAAGAAAGGCUGUUUUUAAGAAUUAUGAAUCUGAAUUUUGAUGAUGGUUGCUCCUGUCCACGUUCAGACUCUUUAAGCGCACACUCCUGGACAAGAUGUUUCUUUCCCCCCCGAGUUGAGAAAAGCAGGCUGGAGUUGUAGCUUUUUCCGCCACUAGAGGGCGGCGUGUGAGCGGGAACGGGCAAGAGAUUCGUUCAAACGCAAUUAUUUCAUCAUUUGCUUAAAUCGAGGUCGCGUUAAGUCGCUGUUCAUAUUUCACACCACAUCGGAAUUAUCCGGCAUAUAACGAGCUUUUGCUUUUUAUUUUGGAGCUCCGAUUGUAGGGUUAAAUAAAAUAUAUUAAUUUUAGCAUCAGAAUACCUCAGUGGCUACUUUUCCAGAACAGAUGUUUAAAAAAAAAAAACAUAAUCGUCAUUGUUCUCUCAUUGUCUCUAUAUUUUAUGAAAUAUAUUUUCAAAAACAGGAGAUUUAUACAUUUAAAAAAAAAAACCCACACACACAACUGCGCUUCAGCGUCCUGCUUUAUACUGUGCUCAGUAUAAUCUGUAAGUUAGUCACCGUUUUGGCUUUUCAGACGUUAGCAUUUCAUCGUUUUUGAUAAGCUAACAGCAGCGAGCUGACGCUUCAGGAAUUUAGCUAGCUAGCAUUGCUGGUUAGUUUCGUUAGAUUUUUGUAACUGCAGCGUCCUUUCGCGCUUACUUUCCUCUGAGGUGUUUUUUUUUUUUUUUUUUUUAAAUGCUCGCACUCAUUUGUGUCGUAAUUAUCAACACAAGUCGAUGUUUUGUGCCCUGAUUCGCUAUAAAGCGCGCGACGUAUUGACAGGUUUUCUACGUCCCAAACGUUCAGCAACGUUGAAGGAAUAUUCCACGAACACUAAUAUCUCACCCCUGUGAUUUUCAGUGAUACGCACAUUUUCCACUGUAAUAUUUACAACUCCAUCGUUUAAUUCACAAACAGUAAGAGAGAUUUUAACAAGAUUGAGUUUGAAAGUGCACUUUUUGUUUAAUUUCUAUCUAGUUUUUCAGCUCUUUACAUCCAAAUAUUGUGCUUGGCUGAGGGAUUGUUUUGCUAGCUCUGUGCUAACCAGCCUGUAUGGAUCAAUUUGAGGAGAUUUUAAGAGGUUAGGGUUUUGUUUUUUGUUUUUUUUCUGAGGUAAAAAUGUCCCUAUUUUUAUCACUUUGUCCAUUUUGCUGCUUCAGUGCAGUCUUCCAUUUCCCAAAUGUUACAGGAUUGUUAUGCUAGCGUUCUAGUAUGGAUGGAUCAGACUUUUUUUUUUUUCCUCAGUUCUUUUGUCUGUUGAGCUUUCUUUCUUUCUCCUCGCCGUGCUGACUUUUUUAUGAUCUGCUUCGUGAGUCUAAUGGAUUAGCUUGCUAGCAUCGCGACUACUUUGAGCUCAUUAUAGAUCAGUCUUUGUUAUUCCAGUGGACUCUUGAGAGUUUAGAGAGUCGUUUCAGUGCAUUUUCAUUCCUUUUCCGUUUAAGUCCGGACAUUUGGUGCUUCCGAGUCGUCAGGAUUGACGAAUUGUUCUGCAUGCUAGCUUUGCUAAGUAGCGUUGCGAGCGAAAUAUUUUCUCCUGAGUUACGAUGUUGUUUUCCUCAGCUUGCAAACUAGCGCUAUGGUUGAUUACAAACAGGCGUGUUUUGUUUUUUUUUUUGUUUUUUUAAACGAUGGAUGUGUUUUGCACUUCAUCACAGCGCCAUUUUCCCGUAGUAUGAACGAAUCGUUUUGUUUUCGAUCAACUGCCCUCGUCUCUAUUCAACGCUUGUCCAGGAGUAGCUGUGUCUCGGGAGCAGCCACCAUCAAUGCUCACGCUCAUGUACCCAAGAUGUGGCCAAGUUCUCGCUUGAGGAGUACGGCAGGUUAUUAUGGUUUUCCCCCUCCCCGAUUUAUAAUUGUCAGGAUUUAAUUUUUGUACCGAAACACGUGGAUUGUUUUUUUACACGUUCUGUUUCAAGAAGCACGCUUAGGCCCGAGGUUUCCCUUGGCAAGCUUUAUAAUUUUGAAAACGUUUUAAAGAUUAAAAAAAAGGAAAAGGAAAAAUAAACCAUGGUCAUGUGUAUACGA